GGUAGACCCAGGGGCCGGCGGAGACCUUCAUCCGGGAACCCUAGAACCCAGGAAAGAGCAGGUGCGGACCUGAGAGAGGACCGCACGCCAAAGCGGGCAGAAUGAACGACGGAAAACAGCGCGCUUGGCAGCCCCGGGUGCGCCUCUGUCCAACGCCGCGCGGGAAGGGCUGGGAGAGUCGCGAGGUGCCAGGACUCUCCUGCCCCUAGAGGGCUGGCCCGGAGCGCUGGGUCCGAAGACGCCUCCCGCCGCCACCGGGUGGCAGAGUUGGGGGCAGGCUCGCCCCACCGACCCCGAGGGGUGGCCCCGCCCCGGGGCUGCUGGGAGGCCCCACCGAGCGGGGCGGAGUUGUCGCCGCCCCCCCUCCAAUCCUGGGUGACUGCGGCCCCUUCUUAAGCCCGCAGAGCCUCCAGCUGCCCCUCACUGGACUCUCCUGCUAGUCUCCCUCCCCCACGAUGGCCUCGGCGCUGAGCUACGUCUCCAAGUUCAAGUCCUUCGUGAUCUUGUUCGCCACCCCGCUCCUGCUGCUGCCACUCAUCAUUCUGAUACCCGCCAAGUUUGCCAGGUGUGCCUAUGUCAUCCUCCUCAUGGCCAUUUACUGGUGCACAGAAGUCAUCCCUCUGGCUGUCACCUCCCUCCUGCCUGUCUUGCUUUUCCCACUCUUCCGGAUCCUGGACACCAAGGAGGUGUGUAUCCAGUACAUGAAGGACACCAACAUGCUGUUCAUGGGUGGCCUCAUGGUGGCCGUGGCUGUGGAGCACUGGAACCUGCACAAGAGGAUCGCCCUGCAGACCCUCCUCCGGGUGGGGGCCAAGCCUGCACAGCUGAUGCUGGGCUUCAUGGCCGUCACUGCCUUCCUGUCCAUGUGGAUCAGCAACACGGCCACCACAGCCAUGAUGGUGCCCAUCGUGGAGGCCAUACUGCAGCAGAUGGAAGCCACCAACACAGCCACCAAGGCCAGCUUGGGGGCACUGGAGCUGGUGGAAAAGGGCAAGGCCAGCGAGUUGUCAGGGAACCAGGUGAUUUUUGAAGGCCCCGUCUUGGAGCGGGAGGAAGACCAUGUCAGGAGGAACAAGAACACGUGCAAGGCCAUGACCCUGUGUGUGUGCUAUGCCGCCAGCAUAGGGGGUACAGCCACCCUGACCGGGACGGGACCCAACGUGGUACUCCAGGGCCAGAUGAGCGAGUUGUUUCCUGAUAACAAAGACGUCGUGAACUUCGCCUCUUGGUUCGGGUUUGCCUUCCCCAACAUGGUGAUCAUGCUGCUGUUUGCCUGGCUAUGGCUCCUGUGUGUUUACAUGAGAUUCAGUUUUAAAACAUCCUGGAGCUGCAAGCAGAAGCAGGACUAUGAGAAGGCUGCCUACGGGGUGCUGAAGGAGGAGUACGGGAAGCUGGGGCCCAUCUCCUUUGCGGAGGUCAACGUCCUCAUCUGCUUCUUCCUGCUGGUCGUCCUGUGGUUUUCCCGAGCCCCUGGCUUCAUGCCCGGCUGGCUGUCUAUCGCCUGGGAGGAGGGCGAGACACAGUACAUCUCUGAUGCCACUGUGGCCAUCUUUGUGGCCACUUUGCUAUUCAUUGUGCCUUCUCAGAAGCCCAAGUUCAACUUCUGCAGCCAGACUGAGGAAGAAAGGAAAGCUCCAUUUUAUCCUCCUGCACUACUAAAUUGGAAGGUGACCCAGGAGAAGAUGCCCUGGGGCAUUGUGCUGCUGCUGGGAGGUGGAUUUGCUGUCGCUAAAGGAUGUGAGGCCUCGGGGCUGUCUGAUUGGAUAGGGAAGCAGAUGGAGCCCUUGCAGGUCGUGUCCCCGGCCGCCAUCACCAUCCUCUCCUCCUUGCUGGUUGCUGUGUUCACUGAGUGCACGAGCAACGUGGCCACCACCACCCUGUUCCUGCCCAUCUAUGCCUCCAUGUCCCGAUCCAUUGGCCUCAACCCGCUGUACGUCAUGCUGCCCUGUACCCUGAGUUCGUCCUUUGCCUUCAUGUUGCCCGUGGCCACCCCACCGAAUGCCAUCGUGUUCACCUACGGACACCUCAAGGUUACUGACAUGGUGAAAACAGGAUUCAUGUUGAAUAUAGUUGGAGUCUUCUGUGUGUUUCUGGCGGUCAACACCUGGGGGCGGGCCAUAUUUGACUUGGAUCAUUUCCCCGACUGGGCCAACGUGACAUACACUGAGACUUAGGAAGAGCCACAAGACCAUGCACACGGCCCGCUCUCCUGAGGACCACCGAACCUUCUGCACACCUUGCACAGAGUUUUGGGGAUCGCACCCCAAAGUGACUCGAGGAUGCCCACACCCCACCAAGUCCCGGCCAGUGGGCCACCUCUUUUCUUCCUCCAGGCCUGGACUCAGAGAUGGGGAUGGGCGGCCGGAGGGCAGGCUCAGAACUGAAGGGAGCCCUUCAAGCGGCUGCUGGUCCCCAUGUUUCCUGGGGCCCUGCCGUCUUCUCUGGGGUGAUGGGCAGCAGAGGGGCUGGGACACCGGCUCCUGUUCUCACUCGGCCUCGAGCCUCCACCAUGCUGUCCCCACCCUGGGCUCUGGUUUUCACUUGCUUAGUCCUGGGUAGUUUAAAUGGGAACAGCGCCCCAGGUUGGAAGCUGAGAAAACAAGCUACCCUUGCCUGUGCCUCUUCGGGCUCCCCUUGGGCCUCCUAAGAUCAUCUCUGUCCCUCUGAAGGGGCCACCCCAGCCAGGGGCAGGAUGCUGGCCUUGGGCAGCUGCCACCACUGGAGUGAGAGUGGGGAUCGGAGCCUCUCAGAACUCCUUGUGCGGCCACCACCAAAGGAGGAGGAGUUUGAGUUGCUAACAUCAAGGUGACACAUGGCUUCCCUCCCGCAGCGCACCGCUGGCCAGCCUGCUCCCCUCCUCGCCUUGCUCCAUUCUAACUGACAGCUCGCCGGUGAGCUUCCGGCAGCUCCGAGCUUCCCUGUGCCAGGGGGCCGACAUUUGCUGAGAUGCCCCAGGCUGGGGCCCUCUGGCCUCCCCCUCCUCUCAGGGCGGGCGGGUGUGGCUCUUCUGCCACAUGCUUUCCCUGCCUCCCUACACGGCAGGGGUCACACUCCAAGUAUGGGCAGAGAUGGCACUUUGGGGGCCACAGUGGGGUUUCUAGGUCCUCUUUUACCUGCAGGCCCAGGCUAGACAACUGCUAAUGCCCAAUAGCUGAGUCGCUUCAGAGUUUGCUUGUCACGCCAGAGCUGGAGCUCCUCUGGGAAAGUCCUCCCUUUGUGACUGGCCUUCACAGCCAGGCCUGGUGUCAACAGAGUGUCACCGAGAUGAGCAGCACCCAGUGCUCCCUGAGCACACAGCCCCUGUCUGUGAGCGACCCGCGUGACGUUACUGCGGCAGAGAGCCCCGGAGGGAGACAACGACUCCGGAGUGGCCGUGGAGACCCUCAGAACCCCCUGUGAGAGAGACAUGAGAAACGACCACCCUCUUGCCCCCAACCCCAUUUUCCUUCCUUCUGGUGCUGCUCUGGAAGAGGCAGUGGCGGCAGACGGAUGAGGCCCGUGGGUGGCGUUUUUCAGGGCAGGAGGAAGUAUGGGAACCCCACCGAAGACCAAGUGUCCAUCUGGUUCCUUGGGUGGAAUAAUUCCUGACCACACUGUCGAGAUCAUGCUCUCAUUAAAUGCUCCGUCUCCCAUGGAAAGUUC